CGUCUCUCGACAGCCCUCGUCUAGUCCCCGAGGCUCGCCUGCAGUGGAGCAUCAGCUGCUCCGACAUAAGCCCACAGCUACACAGCGCUCCAAUCGGCCCUCGCCACCACAUGCACGCGCUCUUCUCCGACGCCUGGAACGAGAACGCCAUUCUCCAAAGGCAGCUCACGCGUGUCCAGGGCCAUCUUGACGCAGCAAACGCCGAUAUUGACGAUCUAGUGGUCGAGAACGCAACCAUAUGCCACCAGAUGGACCGUCUCACCCGCGACCUGGAGAUCGAACAGCUCCGCCGCGACGAGGCUGACUCCAUGUGCCGCGAUGCGACAGCAAAGAUGUCCUCCCAAAGGUCGAUGCUCUCUUCCCUCCAAUCGGCUAACGCCGCGCUUCGAUUUGAGCUCGCAAACCUCAAGGCCGAACGCGACGAACUGGUAGCCGAGAGGAAAGAACCAUCCGACCUGCAGCAGGAACACGAUGAAGAGGUCGAAGCGUUACAAGGCACGCUUGUUCGGACGAAGAAGGAACUCGAAGGAGCUAAGAGAGAGCUGAGGAAGUUGAAGAGAGCGGCUGCAGGAAUUCCUGAGCUGCAUGUCAUAUCUCCAGAUGGGAAAGUCAUACCUCAUGGUAAUGCUUCGAGCUCUACAGAUUCAUUGACAGAGGAUCAGAGCAUCGCGAUGAGGGAACGCCUCACGCUUGCGUACACCGAGGUCGUCAGCCUCAGAGACCAGUGCGAAUCUUUGCGUCGUCGCGCUGACGAAAACGCAGAGCUGCAAGAAGAUAUCAAGCUCCUUCUUGCUCAGCGUUCGGAUCUCUGGAAUCAGGUCGACUCAUCCAAGAGCGCCUGCCACAAACUGGAAGAAGAAAACAAGAAGUACUUCCACCAGUACGUGGAGCUCAGAGCUGCGCUCACCAAGGUGGAGAAGCGAACCGGAAUCGCGAUUUCCGUUAUCGAAGAGGAGGAAGAAGAGCCCGAAGUUUCGCUGGCUGCCCAGGUUUGCCGUUCGGCAUUCGAUGACGACUCUGACGACGAGUCCAUCGGCUCUUCAACCUCUUCCUACUCGAUGGCGUCAACAGAUGAUUUCGACACGUCUUUGUCGUCUGAGGUUUACACACCUCAUACAUCAGUUCCAUCCUCACCCCAUUCUCGUUCACUCUCCCCACCCCCUUCUCCUUUGUUUACGAUGCCCUCAUGGGUCCCGCGUUUCGACUCCGAUUGCACGGAUUUCGCAUUCGAAGUCGUUCCGGACUCACCCCUCGCGGAUGCCAUUUCCGCAUAUGCCAGUACCCACCAGCCCAUCGAAGCCAAUCAUCGACCAUUCGUUGCGCGUCGUGGUCUCGGCAUUCCCAUCGUUCGUCCUUCUUGGCCCUCCAUUAGCUCCGUCGAUGCCCCUCUCGAUGAAGCGUCCAUAAAGCGGAAGGCUAUUCUGGAUCUGGACGAUGCGACGCCCAAGACUCGUCGUAAGCGCGGAGACAGUUGAUGUGUCUUGUUUGCAGUGCGUUUUUGUUUGCAGAGUUUUUUUUUUCUCUCCCUCGGGGGUUUCCAGAACGAGGAAAAAAGUACUUUCUCUCGAGGUCUCAUCGCCGCUUAUACCUGUUCUUCCACGUCUGCCCUUUAAAGUGGCACGGGAAACCAUCUAUUCGCGGUUCUGUUUUCUCUUGGAUUUGCGGAUCU